AUGACUGAAACCACUACGAUGCAGUCGUAUUCGCCUGUAAAUCCUAUGCCUACACCGCAAAAUGAUCCGUUCAUGGACCCGCUACCUUCAAGUAAUGGCCCAGGCGCCAAUCUCGCUGGUAUCGGGGCAGGUGCUGCGGCCCAGCAUGGCUUGCAAUAUGUCCAACCGUCUCCGUCCAGUGUACCAUCUGCUGGACCGUUGAACAUGGGUCCUUAUCUCCCGAAUCCGUAUUCAACGGGCGCAUCGUCCGGUUCGCAUCCGUCGAGUCUCAUGCCCGGAAGCGCAAGUGACAACGGAAGUACGAAUGGACUUGUGCCAACUGGGCUAGUCCAAACACGCGUCGGACAGUUUGGCAGACCAUCACCACCACUUCCCAACAGCCAAUCGCAGCCGCCGACUUUGGGUCAGCUUCAGAAUCAACAAUAUCAGCAGCAUCAGAUGCAAAUUCAACAAUCGACUGGGGCUUCUAGCACGCCAAUUCAUGCAAUGAUGACCCAGAAUCGCCCUCAGCAACCGACAAUGAACCAAGUUGGCAUGGGUGGCAGAGCCUAUGGUUUGCCUCCACGACCCGUUCCGCAAACUCAGUCUCCUGCACCGGUGAAUACUGGGUACUAUCAGAAUCAACAAAUGCAACAGCCGAUCAUGCAUCCCCCUAGCCGCUCGGGAUCGCUCAACGUCGCUGGUUUCAACGCACCAAUGGUUCAUCAAGAGGUUCAGCAGCAACAGGUCUCCGAGCUCAAGUUCUACAACCGAGAGGACCCGUAUUACGAGUUUACCAAUUUCUCUCCCGACAAGGUGGUCUACCUUGGGAGAGAAUACCCGACUUCUGAGCACGCUUUCCAGGCUCAAAAGUUCCUUGUAAACCGCCCAGGAUUGGCAGAGCAUAUCAGGACAUUUUCGGAUCGUCCACGUGACGCAUUUGAAGAAGCACGAAGAUUCCAACCAGAAUGGAGACCGGAUUGGCAUUCGGUCAAAAUUCAGAAGAUGGACGAGAUUCUGCGCGAAAAGUUUACACAGAAUCCACGACUACGGCAGAUGCUUGUCAAUACAGGUACUUUAAAGCUCAUCGAGGAUUCGCCCUACGAUCCAUUUUGGGGAGUGGGCAGGGAUGGUAACGGCGAGAACCAACUCGGUCUCGCGUUGAUGCGAUUAAGAGCCGCUUUACAGCAGGAGGAUACAGCAGCUCAGCAAGCAAAUAGACAUGCAGAGGCUAUGCACGCCGAAGUCGGACAAGCGAUGAUGCCGACGAUGCCAUACUAA